ACACUUGAAAAACUACAAGCUGUUUUGCUUAGUUUUUUCUUGGUGCGAAGAACUACUUGCCGUUUUAGUAAAAAAUAACCAACACGCUUCACACUGACGCGCAAACUCACUCAUCAAAUUUCUCUUCACCAGCUCAAAGGAAUUUGAGCUCACUAUUGCAGAAAUCGAUGGCUUUCCUCAAAUUAGCGACUUUAUCGACACAGUCGCCGUCGCCGUGAGACCAAACCGAUACAAGAAACUCAUAAUCGUUAAGUAAAAAAUCCUCUUUUUGUUUUUUUAUAAGUCUUUCGUAGAAGUAUUUGUUUCAGGGUUUUUAAAUAGAGAGUUUCUAUCAGAUGUCUUUGAAUUAACUUCGAAAAAAUCCAAACUUUUGAAGGAUGUUUCGGAAGAAGAUUGACACAAGACUUUUUACCAGAAGCCAGGUUUUCAAAUGAGACUGACAUGAAAGCUUUGCUUGAGUUCAAGUCUCAAGUUUCUGAAAACAAGAGAGAGCUCUUGGACUCAUGGAACCACUCAUCCCCGUUUUGCAAUUGGAUUGGGGUCACAUGUGGCCACAGGCAAGAAAGAGUUAUAAGUCUGAACCUUGGAGGAUUCAAACUGGCCGGUGCAAUCUCACCUUCCAUUGGUAAUCUCUCCUUUCUCAGAUUACUUAAUCUUUCAGACAACUCUUUUGGAAGUUCCAUCCCUCAAGAGGUUGGAAUGCUAUUUAGGCUUCAGUACUUGAACAUGAGCUUUAAUCUUCUCCAAGGAAGGAUUCCGCCUAGUCAUUCUAGCUGCUCUAGACUGUCGUCCCUUGAUUUAUCUUCAAACCAACUUGAUCAUGGCGUUCCUUCAGAACUAGGUUCACUUUCCAAGCUUGCCAUUCUAGAUAUUAGUAAAAACAACCUUACGGGAAAUUUUCCUGCAUCUUUAGGAAACUUGACAUCACUCCAGAAGCUUGACUUUGCAUAUAACCAUAUGGAAGGAGAGAUUCCAGACGAAGUAGCUAGAUUGACUCAAAUGGUGUAUUUCCAAAUAUCACUGAAUAGUUUUUCAGGUGGUUUUCCUCCUGCAUUGUACAACAUCUCCACGAUUGAGUUUCUAUCUCUAGCUGGCAAUUUCUUUUCGGGUAACCUUAGGGCUGAUUUUGGUGGUCUUCUACCAAAUCUAAGAAGGCUUUUUUUGGGAGCAAAUCAGUUCACUGGAGCUAUUCCUAUAACACUUACCAAUAUCUCAAGCCUUGAAAAGUUUGAUAUCUCAUCUAAUUACCUGACAGGAAGUAUCCCUUUGAGCUUUGGAAAAUUACGUAAUCUGCAGUGGUUAGGGAUUCGUAACAACUCACUGGGAUAUAACAUGUUCAGUGAUCUUGUAUUUAUUGGUUCUUUGGCGAACUGCACUGAACUAGAGUACUUAGAUAUUGGUUACAAUAGACUUGGAGGUGACCUGCCAGCCUCCAUAUCCAAUCUGUCCACUAAAUUGACUAGACUGUACCUUGGAGGAAAUCUUAUCUCUCGAACCAUUCCUCACGACAUCGGGAAUCUUGAAAGCCUGCAAGAACUCAGUUUGGAAACAAAUUUUUUGACAGGAAGACUUCCAGUCUCUUUCGGGAAGCUUUUGAAAUUGCAGGUAGUGGAUCUGUAUUCAAAUGCAAUAUCCGGGGAAAUACCAUCUUAUUUUGGCAACAUGACUCAGUUGCAAAAGCUCCAUUUGAAUAACAAUAGUUUCCACGGAAAGAUCCCUCAGAAUCUUGGACGUUGUCAAUACUUGCUAGACCUAUGGAUUGAUACAAAUAGGUUGAGUGGGACUAUACCUCAGGAAAUACUGCAAAUUCCAUCCCUCGGUUACAUAGAUUUGUCAGACAAUUUGUUGACCGGCCCUUUUCCGGAAGAGGUUGGAAAAUUAGAACUUCUUGUUGGACUAGGUGCUUCGAACAACAGAUUAUCAGGACAGGUCCCACAAGCUAUAGGGGGUUGUCUCUCAAUGGAAUUUCUCUAUAUGCAAGGAAAUUCGUUUGAGGGAGCCAUUCCAGAUAUAAGACGGUUGGUAAGCCUAACCAAAGUUGACCUCUCUAACAACAAUCUCUCUGGCCCCAUACCUCGAUAUCUGGCCAACCUUCCUUUGCUGCAAAACCUGAAUCUUUCUAUGAACAAGUUCGAAGGAAGGGUGCCAACGAUAGGAGUGUUUCGAAAUGCUUCAACAGUUUCUGUAUUUGGAAAUGAAAAUCUAUGCGGAGGCGUCAGAGAAAUGAAACUAAAGCCAU